AUGACAACAACGGUGGAAGUGCAAACAAAAAGUGGUGUCGAGGAGGUGCACGGGCAAGUUUUCGAAGUUGGGCCACGUUAUGUGAAUCUUUGCUAUAUUGGGGAAGGAGCCUACGGAAUGGUGGUGUCAGCAUUGGACACGGAGACCCAUGAACGUGUCGCUAUCAAAAAAAUCUCACCAUUCGAACAUCAAACAUUCUGCCAAAGGACACUUCGAGAAAUUAAGAUUUUAACUAAAUUCAAACAUGAAAAUAUCAUCAACAUUCAGGAAAUUAUCAGGGCACCAAGCGUGGAACAAAUGAAAGACAUCUACAUAGUGCAAUGUUUGAUGGAAACAGAUUUGUACAAAUUACUGAAAACCCAACGGCUUUCCAAUGAUCAUAUUUGUUACUUUUUAUACCAGAUAUUACGUGGUUUGAAAUAUAUUCAUUCUGCAAAUGUUAUUCAUCGUGAUCUCAAGCCAUCUAAUUUACUUCUCAAUACUACUUGCGAUCUCAAAAUUUGUGAUUUUGGUCUUGCGCGAGUAACGGAUCCUGAACACGACCAUACUGGGGUACUGACAGAAUAUGUGGCAACUAGAUGGUAUCGUGCACCUGAAAUUAUGUUAAAUUCAAAGGGUUAUACGAAAUCAAUUGAUGUAUGGUCGAUUGGUUGCAUCUUAGCCGAGAUGUUAAAUAAUCGACCUCUUUUUCCCGGGAAACAUUAUCUAGAUCAACUGAAUUUAAUCCUAGGCGUUAUUGGGUCACCAAGCCAGGAAGAUUUACAAUGCAUCGUUAACGAAAAGGCCCGGUCAUACUUGCUUUCAUUGCCGCACAAGAUAAAGCAACCAUGGUUACGGAUGUAUCCAAAUGCAGAUCCGCGUGCACUCGAUUUACUGGAUAAAAUGCUAACUUUUAAUCCGAACAAGCGAAUCAGUAUAGAAGAUGCCCUUGCACAUCCAUACCUGGAACAGUAUUAUGAUCCGAAUGAUGAACCUAUAUGCGAAGAACCAUUCACUUACGAGAUCGAGUAUGACGAUUUACCAAAAGAAACACUGAAGCAGCUGAUUUUCAAAGAAACGGAAGAUCAUUAUAGGCGAACACUGGUAGCAAAGAAAGUAACGCUACCGGAGGAAGUAGAAUUGGAUUCUGGAAUUGGUUCUGCAAUCUUAAGUCCUUGA